CGCACCUCCAAAUACACCACCACCACCACCACUACCGACUCCUCUUCCUCCUUCCCUUGGUCUUUUAAACCUCCGGACCAGAAGAGUCAAUCAUCAAAGAUGGUCCGCAAACUCACGCAACUCGCGAAAAAAGUGCCCACCCGGCCCGAAGGCUGGGUCGGUCCCGGCGCUCCUCUGGAGGCGCGCAAACAGGUCUUUCUACCCGACUUCACCGUCGCCCUCAUCCGCACCCCCUUCCUGCCCCCCCGCUACGCCUCCUUCUACGUCCCGCUCCACCUCAACAAGCUCGACAUGCGCGACUACAUGCAGCGAGCGUACGGGGUCGGCGUGCUGGCCGUGCGCAGCUUCGUCGAGCAGCAGAAGGUCACCCGCAUGAAGAGCAAGGGCCGGUUCGGGUACGGGCCGCUGCGCCGCCCGCAGAGCAAGAAGCGGAUGACCGUUGAGAUGAAGGAGCCGUUCGUGUGGCCCGAGGCGCCGAAGGAGAUGGAUAAAUGGGAGAAAGACCAAUACUACAAGGCCGCCAAGUGGCAGCAGGAGAUGCAGGACGCUCAGAAGCCCGAGGCCCCCAUGUUGGCCCCCACCAAGGAGCGCGAGUCGUACGCCGCCGAGGCCGAAAAGAUCCUCAGCGGCGAGAAGCCCUGGCGGCCCACUUGGCAGGCGCUGGGGUUGAAUUACGAUCGCUCCGUCGGGGGCAAGCCGGCUACUAGUCCUAAGGCUGGGUCGAGGUCGUGAGGGUUGAGGGUUGUAGUGGGUGGAUGAAUCUGGGGAAAGGAUGAAUGGCAGUGACGUCCUGGACACGAUUGCCAACAGGGCUGGCUGUUCUUUGGGGGUAUGUAUUUUCUUCUGGGGGUUCUUCUUUCAAGGUCGCGCUGUAUUAUAUCGCUCUGGGUUUAUAAAUACAUUUUUCUUUUUCUUCCA